AUGUUGCAAUUUGAGCUCAAGAAGGGCGCUAAAACACACGAGGCGCAGAUGCGCGCUGGCCAUACCAGGCUCCAGUGGGAUAGGUUUUAUAACAUAACCAAGGCAGAGAUCAAUGAUCUUGUGGAAGAAAAUCCAGAUGUUAGCUGGCCAACAGUCCCUGGCGAUGUUCUAGCAUCGAUGUUUGACCGUGUCAAUGCGCAACUGAGGGCUGAGAACAUCCCUGAGGUGCAAUACGACGUAUUCAGCUGGCGGAUGGCGCGUGCUAUCUCAUAUCGAAACACCUCCAAUAGCAAACCUAGGGCAAAGAGCGCCACAGCAUCGGCUACUGAAUCUAGUUAGUCUAGGCUGGGAUGCUGCUUCCGGAGGGAUGCGGGCGCUACGCAGUCCAGCGUUGAAAUGCUACGAUAUGUGUUCUGCAAGGUUUCAAGCUUGGAUAUUCAGUAACAAGCAAUCCUGCCUAAAGCAGCUAGGUUUAUGUAAAUGAACGCGUAUUGCAUACCUCCCCUUCACGUAAUUUGUGGAUAGUGAUGGGUAACGAUCAUCGGGUAAUGCCGCGGAACGGGCAUUGUGGGCCGGAAACGUAUCACUAGACCGGCAUCCUGCAUUGAUUGUCCCACCUCCUCACUUUAGCUACGUAUCUGCGUUGCCACGUUAUGGUUAGAUGCAAAG